GAUGGCGGAUAGUCAGUACCUGAUCCGUCCCACCAUACUCACUUCCGGCCGAGAGGCAGAGCGUCGGCAUUCGCUGGACGGAGCGGAGUGGGGUGUGGAGUGACGAUGAACCGGAUCCGGAUCCAUGUGCUCCCGACUAACAGGGGCCGCCUGACCCCCCUUCCCCGGCUGCAGGAACCCCAGGCCUGUUCCUUCACCCACCGGCCGUGCUCGCAGCCCCGCCUAGAGGGCCAGGACUUCUGCCUCAAGCACAUCCUCGAGGACAAGAACGCCCCAUACAAGCCCUGCAGCUACGUGUCCUCCAAGACUGGCAGGAGGUGCACAGAUCCCGCUCCCAAACCAGACAAGAGAGACGCGGUAGCGUACUGCGCCGAGCACGCUCGCAAGGCCGCCCUAUCUGCCCAUCAGCCAUCUCGGAGGGGCAGCAGCACAGCACCCUCUCCUGAGGCUUUGCUGGCUCAGCUCAGCGGCUAUGUGAAAGGCGAGGCAGGCUCCCACGACCACAGCCGGAGUGAAGCCAGCAAGAUCCUUGAUGACGACAGCUGGAGCGAGGGAGAGCCAGAGUCUGUGCUGCUGGACCAGACGUGGAGGGGAGAGCCAGACAGCGAGGCUGACAGCAUCGACAGUGACCAGGAAGACCCACUGAAGCAUGCCGGUGUAUACACAGCGGAGGAGGUGGCCCUGGUUAUGAGGGAGAAAUUGAUCCGUCUGCAGUCCCUGUACAUUGACCAGUUCAGGCGGCUCCAGUACCUGCUAAAGGAGAAGAGAAGACAGUACCUGCAGGCCUGCCGACUGGAGCGAGAGAGCUUCGCUGGUGGUUUGCUGACUGAUCCUGAAGCUGCCUCUGCUCGGAGCCGUGCUGACCUACAGAAGCUGAGGGCCCUGAGACGUUACCGUAAACGGUAUGGCGCAGAGGCACUGCUGCACCACCAGCUCAAGGAGCGCCGCUUGCUGGCGACUGAAGGAACUACACAGCAGGUACACUUGGCCUCUGUCCGCACGGCCCAGAGAUGUACAGCGGUGACCGAAGGUGCCCGAUGCUCAGCUCCCUCGCUCCCAAUGAGCCGACACUGCUCGUCCCACAUCCUGCAGGACCCGAGCCAGGUGCUGUUUAAGACGUGCCCGGGUCUGAGUGAGGUGCCCUGUGCCAAGCCGGUGAUGGUGUGCCUGUCCGAGGAGCCACGCUGUCCACUCCACCUCCAGGUGCCCCCUCUGAUGUACCGCCCCGAGGCAGGCUCCUGGGCCUCCGAGCAGCUGGGAGGUGGCACCUCCGACAUGUACCUGAGUGCGGCAGAGCUACAACCCACCGAGAUCCUGCCCCUGGAAUUCAGCGAUGAUUGCCUGGACGUGGUUGGAGAUGACUUGCAGUGCCCUCCUUCUCCGCUGUUAGACUCUGCGCCGGGCACCGGGGAGCCGUCAGCUGGGAACCCAGAGUUGGUAGACGGACCGUCAGGGAGGGGCCAGCCUCAUCGGGAAAGCUGUGAGCUCACCUCUCGGCAGCGCCUCCCACCCAGCGGUUCCCGGCCCAGUGAGACUGGCCGUAUAAACACCAGGGCUACAGGAGCAGCUAGCCAGGGUUCUUCACAGACCGACUGUCAUCCGCAGAAGAGCCGAGACCAGAACGGCACCAGAGAGGCAGCGAGCUGAAUGGAGCUGGAAGACGAGUGUGUGUGUGUGAGUGAGUGUGACUCUGCGUUGGGGUCUGGUUGGGGGUGUGCCUGACCCCUCACCCACCACUGCUGGGGACCUCCCUUGGCCUGCAAUCGAGGAGGCAACUGGCUUUUGAUGCCCCUCACCCUUCCCUGAGACCGGAAGCAGGAAGCUGAACCCAAACUGAGCCCUCAAUGUUUACAGAGGCUUUUCCAAUGGCUCCCUCUGAUGUUCCCUCCCCCUGGGCCUGACAUUGCUCCCCUCCCCUUCAAA